AUGACGUACGUGAAAUGCGGUAUAUUUUAUCCAGAUGUAAGUUACAUUGGGUUUAAUCAUGUACCCGUUAAUUAAUCCUCUAUUUAAUUAAUAAAACCCAGCGAAGGCUCAGACCAACAUCUCUCACGCUGGUUGAACGGGAACCAUCACUGUUCCAACAAUAUGGGACUUCCUCCCGUUUCCAUGCUGUUCGCUACCUUUCGUAUUCGGAUGUCAAAAUGAAGGAACGGCGAACUGUAACUACCCUGUAUCGUGCGCAGUGGAAAUGGCCUGAGUUCCUGAACAUACCCAAACUCAAAUUUGGAACACGAAAGGUUUUUCCAUUGGACCCAUCCGCGUUCAUGCAAUGGCUCACACAUCGCAGUACUGGAUUACACAACUUGCCGUUCCCAAGUCCAAAUACGGAGAAUUUUUCCCCGGAUCCUGAUGAACCCAGAGAAAAUGCUCUUGUUGCUGUUAGCAGCGAAUCAUACCAUAUCGGCCAACAUGAGAUACACGAGGAAACGCAGCAAUCGGAGUCGUUCGAUUCUGAGAAUGAGGGAAGUUUAGAUGUCACCGAGGCACCUUCAGAAGUAGCGAAUGUUCUACACGCUCCAAUAGUGCGCGUUACACACACAGAAUUGCCUGAAGAAGAAUGUCCCGUCCCCGAGUGGAAGAUAUUAGCGAACGAAUUCCCUAGGCUUCGUCAAUCAAUCGAGAAAAAACAAAUUUGGGGGAAAAUGCUCGGAAUACCUGGACUCGGCUUCGUCGUUGAUAAGGUCGACAACGUUGCUUGGCAGGCGAUGACGCGAAUGCCAGCAUUGCAAGAAUUCAUUCUCAAGAGGUGGGACAGAUCUGACUAUCGCAGAUACUCGGAGGGAAGUCACACAUCGGCUCAUUCUAGCGAGCACGAUUCCCGCGAAUUUGAGAUUCGCGAGCAAGGGACGAAUUUUGCUAACUUUUGCGCUAAUCAAGUCAAGAAAGCUGUGACUGCCAUACCCAGGUCACUCGCAGACAAAAUGAUUUCGGUUUAUCUCCACCCUCGUUUCGAAGCAGACGCGGAUAGCGAUGAUGAGUCUUGCUGUUCAACGCACAUUGAAAAAUUAGCGAAGCAAACACAUUAACUCUCGACAGACAAACAUUUUCCGUUUGUGAUGCAGUUAGAUGCACACAGUGUUCAUUCA